GCGCAAGAACUGCUGGUAUAGAACAGAGUCCAUCAUGGCGUCCGGAGCCGGUGGAAAGAAGAAGGGCAAAGGCGCGAUCGAUCACGAGCAGAUUAUAAUGCAAUUCAAUCAAAUGAGGCAGGAAUACAGGGGUAUUAUGGGGAAAAUAGGAGAGCUCGAAAUGGAAGUCAAUGAGCAUGGCAUUGUGAUUGAGGCACUGAAAGGUGUAGAGCCUGAUAGGCGCUGCUUCCGAAUGAUUGGUGGAGUAUUGGUGGAGAGGACAGUCAAGGAUGUUCUCCCAGCACUGGAAAACAACAAAGAACAGAUUUCAGGCCUCAUUAACAAGUUAAAAGACACUCUCACUGCCAAAGAGCAAGAACUUACAGCAUUCAAAGAUAAACACAACAUCCGCGUCAAGGGAGAGAGAGAAAGUCAAUCUGAGGAUUCUGUACAGACUGCUGAUAAGACUUCAGGAGUUCUGGUGGCACAGGACAAUUCAUAAGAUGAAGGGAACAAUAUUUAUUGAUGUUCUGAUGCAUGGAAAGCUUCAGUGGACACAGUAGCCAGUAUGGCAAGCAUUUAAUACACUGACUCAAGUGAAACCAUUCCAAAGAUUUCCUCCCCAAGUUUAAAUGUUAAUCAUAGUUUUUGCACAGGACACUCCUUUUUGAACAAACAGACAGAUUUUUUUCUCACAGUGAGUACAACACAAAUUAUGUUAGUGAGAAGAUUGAAAGACAUUGUCACCUAGUGGACAUUUUACAUAUAGUUUUCAAGUCAAUAGCUUUGUGAUAGAUUAGAAAUUCUAAUAUAAGUGUGAGUUAUAGAGAGUGGUAUAUGUACACAACACAAAUCAGUGUAAAUUAUAUUCUUUCUAGAUCCUUUAUUUUAGCUGCAGACUUAAGAUACGGUCAUUUGUCUUUCAAAGUCAAUAAUUUAAAUGAACCAUAAUUUUGGACCCUAUUAAGUUUAAAGAUGUUAUAUCUUCUUGCUUUUGUUUGUCAGCUUCUUUUUCAAUUCAUUUUAAAGGAGAUACUAAAAUGUUUGCACAUAGUAAAAUUAAGUGUGGCCUAGACUGUAUGUAAUGAUUAAGUGAAUCUGUGUUUCUGUAAGGAACACAAGGUUUUACCCUGUGUAUAUUCAAAGUUAUGAAUAAAUAAUUUGAAAUACCUUU